GGUAACUGGAUUUUUUUUUAAUCGAGGUAUACCGUAAUUACCACUUUAUAAAGUCAUAUGUACUUAAUAUUCAGUGGUUUAGUGAAAUUCAAUAUGGAGCUGGUGUACGCUGCUCUCUGUGUGAUCUUCUUGGUUCUCGCAUCUUGCCAAGAUAUGCACGUGAUAGAAAAGAAACCAGGUCAGUGUUACAAGGUACACAACCCCAACCAGCCUCGCCUCCAUCUGAACCCCCGAAAGCCGGAGUACGACGACGUCUUCGAGGCCUGCACCCAGUGGUUGCGGGAAAACAAGAAUUGCCUCGGCCUGAGGACUCAGAACGGCGAGGUCGUGAUGGUGUACUGCAAGGGCGACCAUAAGAGGAGGAGACCUGGGUGCUACAAGGUCGUCAACAAGGACAAGAGGGAGGAGAUCAUCUGCCAGAAGAUAAACAGACAGCAGGGCUGCGAAGUCAUCACCACGAGGAGUAAUCUGACCAUAGUGGUGAAUUGUAACCCAACCAGGGGUACUUCGUCUGCUGCGGGGGUCUUCGAUGUAAAGGAUAACAGGCCUAAAAGGCAGUAGAGAAAUUUUUUGCUUAUUUUACCAUCAUUUAAGGUGCUAAUUUUAUUUUGCUAAUUAAAAUGAACUAACUAAGGAAAGAGGAUAAAAAAAUUUACAAAGUAAUUUUUGCUGAGGAUUAUACUUUGACAGCAAAAAUCGAGACAGAAGACAGGAAAUUGACACUUUCAGUUAAAAGUUUACAAUGAACAUAUAGCGGAAAAAAGUUAGGAUACAAAAGUGCCCUUACAAGAAUACAUUUUUUUAAAAAACCCACAAUGCGGCUAACCACGCGCAAAUGAAAUUUGGGAAAUAUUUCUUUUGCAUUCAUAAUAGUAGAAACGCAAUAUAUAGCAUUUUCGGUAAAACAACAUAAAUUUCUGAAAAGUCGUUUUAAAAACAGAAAAAUCUUGUUCUAUGUUGAUAACCCAUACCAUUUUCAAGAAAAUUAUUAAAGUUUUUGUUUUAUUUUAAUUAGUAUUAUACAGGGUGUCCCGGUACUUGAUACAAAAAAAGUCGAAUACAAAACGAGGUCAAAAUAAUAUCAGUUCUUCAUAUAAAUUUUUUCAUACAGGCCUUCAUUAACAAGUUACUGGCCCUCAAAUGUGAAAAUUAAAAAGUUAUUUUUAUUUACAGUCUCUAAACUGUUAACUUCAGCAUGAUGCAAAUUUGGUGACCGAUAACACAUUCGUACAGCUUGCUUUUGAUGCUGUAAGUGAAACUUCAUUAUGCCCAAAACGCCAGGGACGGACUAUGUCCAAUGGUUAACAACCUAGAAUAGAUGACGUUCGCAAUCUGGCCUGUAUCAAAAAUAAGUUCCCUGAGGAAUUUGUCAACGAUAAUACCCUUUAGGUUCAACUCGGUAAAAUGAACAAUUUAGAUAAUAUUUGUGAUUUUCCUCCACCAUUUUUGGUUUUUAAUUUUUAA